AUGAAGCUCAAUUUCCUCCUGACUGUUCUCACUGCAAGCCUCGUCGCAUCGGCACCCAUCUCCUCCCGAACAAUCGCCCAAAAUGAGAAAAGAAACACUCCCCUGAACGAUAUUCUCACAAUAAUCCUCAACCACCUUCCAGCAAUCGAUGGGGCCAUUGAGGUCGUCAGUAGUAUCAUCACCGACUUUCAGAAUCUCGUCUCGGAACUUGCUGGUAUCAGCAGCACCUACAAUGAAUUAGGCGGUGCUUGCACUGAAUACACAGUCAUCUUUGCUCGUGGAACAGACGAUCCUGGAAACACAGGAAUCAUCGUCGGCCCACCAUUCUUUAUGGCUUUGGAUGCGCUUGUAGGAUCUUCCAAGGUUAAGAUUCAAGGAGUUAACAAUUAUGUGGCGAGCGUAAAAACAUUCCUCGCGGGUGGUGAUCCUGUCGGAAGUGCUUCGAUGGCAUCCGAAAUCCAAGCCGCGUACGCAGCAUGCCCAAAUACAAAUCUCGUUGCAUCUGGGUACUCUCAAGGAGGACAAGUCGUGCAUAACGCACUUGCGUUACUACCCGCAGCAACGGUGGCAUGGAUAAGCUCUGUCGUGAUUUUUGGAGAUCCAGACCGACCAACAGAUGAUGGACAAGCAAUCCCCAACAUUGCCGCGUCAAAAGUGAACACUAUUUGCCACACUGGUGAUAAUAUUUGCCAGCAUGGGGAUAUAAUACUACCAGCUCAUCUCACAUAUGCCACAAAUGCAGCUGCAGCAGCUGCUUUUGUGGUUUCUGCCGCUGCAUAA